UGUGAAACUGUUGCCCAGUGGUUGCGGUACCGGAAGUAGUAUUUGCGAUAACCUCGCGAGAUUUCCGAAUCUCCGAACAGAAGCUUUCCUGCAGUUCAUUGAAGAGUUUAGUGACACUGUCUAGAACGUGACAUCGUGAGCUGUGCUGCUGCUAUGAGUGCUCUCUUUGCCUGUGAGGAGCCAGAUACGUGGAGGAGAGUGUAUGAACACUACUGGGAUGUAGUGGAGGCCAAGGCCAAAGCCAAAGGAAAGAAAGCUGGAGCACUGCUGAACCUCGACAAGUGGUACCAAGAAGAGUUGCCCACAAUAAUCUCAAGUCGACCUGACAAACAUGUCACUCGGUCAGAGCUCGUGAAGCUGAUGGAGUGGAAGCUCACUAGAGGGAAGUUCAGGCCGAGGCUGCAGCAGCUGGUGGUGUCCAACAGUGAGGACACUGUGGAGAAAUGCUCCAGAAAGGCGUUCGGGCUUCUGCCUGACGUGCAAGCAGCGAUCGCAGAGCUCAGCUCCCUGAGAGGCGUGGGACCAGCCACCGCUUCAGCUGUGUUGGCGGCAGGAGCUCCAGAACAAGCCGCGUUCAUGUCUGAUGAAGCGAUGGAGAGCGUACCAGGACUAAAGCCCAUCCAGUACACAGCCAAGCACUAUGCUUUGUACCUGGACAAGAUGCUUGAGCGGACUGAACAUUUAAACAAAGUGGAUCCGCAGCAGGACUGGACGCCCCACAGGCUGGAGCUGUGUCUGUGGGCGUCGACCACAGCUUCACAGCAGCAGCUCCCACUUCUGCAGGACGUCAACCUGAAGCGCUCUGAGGCCGACACUGACCGCAGACCCAGGAAGAAGCUCAAAGCAACAUGAACACUGCUUCUACUGUACUGCUUAAAUAUUUUUUAAAGUAAUUUUUACUAAAUAAUAAAGUCUUUAUGUGAAUAUG